AAUGGCGUUGCGUUGUUGAGGCCGAGUUGCAAGCAAGGGAAAGAAGUGCUCUGAAAAUUGAGGUGUAGAUAAUACUGCACUGAGCGCUGGUUUCUAAAUGGGAAUACAUUCUCGUAACUGGACAACGCUCACGAGUAUUGGAAAGUGCAUUCUUAAUCAUUAUGAAACAAGGUGGAGGUUAAUUAUUUCUGUCUUUAGUAAGAAAGGGUUCAGCUCCUUGCACCCUCUCGUGACUCUGAACUACCCCAUCAUGAAGAUUGAUACUCCUGAAUUCAAGGCCCUCUUCACCCCAGGGCUGACAACUUUAGCAUCCUUGUUCAAAGAUUAUGGCUAUGAGCUGCGGAUUGCGGGUGGAGCAGUGAGAGAUUUACUUAUGAAAAUUCAACCAAAAGACCUGGACUUUGCAACAACAGCAACACCAGAUCAGAUGAAAGAAAUGUUCAGUGCAGAAGGUAUCCGAAUGAUAAACACAAAGGGCGAGAAGCAUGGUACUGUCACUCCAAGGAUAAAUGACAAAGAGAACUUUGAGGUGACAACACUGCGGAUCGAUGUGCGGACAGAUGGCAGACAUGCCGAUGUGGAAUUCACCACUGAUUGGAAGUUGGAUGCCAACAGACGAGAUCUCACCAUAAACUCCAUGUUCCUCAGUCUGGAUGGAACUUUGUCUGACUACUUUGGUGGCUAUCAGGAUCUUCUCAAGAGGAGGGUGGUUUUUGUUGGGGAUGCAGACACUCGAAUACAGGAGGAUUAUCUAAGGAUAUUGAGAUACUUCCGGUUCUAUGGUCGCAUUGCAGAACAAGCAGACCGUCAUGAGGAAGGGAUAUUCGAGGCCAUUGAGCGCAAUGCAGGUGGCCUUCUCAGGGUAUCUGGAGAACGCAUCUGGUCUGAACUGCGAAAAAUUCUGGAAGGGAAAUUUGCAGGAGACCUGAUGAAAUCUAUGCUGUCUCUAGGAAUAGGCCCCCACAUUGGGUUGCCAGUUGAUCCAGAUGUGGCUGAAUUUGACAGGGUAUGGUGUCGGCAGUGUGCCAGAUGUCUGCAUCCUGUUGCCCUGCUUGCUGCCUUAUUGAGGAACCAGGAUGAGGUAAUGAAGUUCCAUUCUCGUGUCAAGUUGUCAUCGUAUGAGAGGGACCUUGGUCUGUUUGUGGUUGAGCACCGUGGAGAUAAACCUUCUGUGAAACCUCUGAGGCCUUACCAGCUGCUGGUUGUCAACAGCAAAGGGAAAACCCAUGACACAAAGGAGUGGGUGUGUGAGGUGCUCAAAUACAGGGGUGAUCAAACCCUGCUGAAAGAGUUCGAACAGUGGAGUGUGCCCAGAUUCCCCCUGAAUGGUUACAUGUUGAAGGAGAAAGGUGCACCAGGGGGGAAGGGCUUGGGCCAGGUGGUAGAUAUCCUGAAGAAACACUGGGUGGAGAGUGACUUCAACAUGAGUUCUGAAGAUCUGCUGCAGCUGCUGCCCCAUGUCUUAUGUGAAAUGGGUGUAAAGCCCAACAG